UACAGAAGCUUCAGGUUAUUUAGGUAGACAUGCAGAAUGGUAAUACAAACGACGUGGAGGAUGAGGAUUAUAAACUCUUCGUCCACGUACAUUCUCCUGCUUUAAGGGCAUCCAGGAUACCCCCAAUAUACUGGAGGAGUCUGUAUUACAAACUCGCCAAUGAGAUAUUUGAUGCUGGCGAAGUGUUUGGGAUUAUGCGAGUGGAACCGGAUGAGGAGGACCAGGCACAGGAGAAUGAAGAAGGGCGGCGGAGCUCGAACCCCGGCGGAGAGGAUUCCUAUCAAGUAAUUGUCACCCGGGAGAGUGGGGUGCAGGCGGCAGAUCCGACCAGCAUAUAUCUAAUAGACCAUGCCUGGACAUAUCGAGUCGAGUGUGCCAGGCAGCAGUUGUUGGAGGUACCGGGACUGUUUGUCCGCAUGGCUGACCUGAUGGGGCUGCCCUUCCAUGGAGAGGUCCCGGAUCCGGAUAUCCUGGAGCUGGUGUUAGACAACAUGUGGAAAUUCAAUCAGACCUACCAGCUUUCACAGGGGUCUGCAGAGGAGAAGGUUCCUGUUUGGUAUAUCAUGGAUGAGUUUGGUUCCCGUGUGCAGCACUCCUCUCAGCCCACGUGCUGUGUAGCUCCUCUCUUCUACACUCCUCAACAGAUUGCCUUCUCAGUGCUGUGGCCUCUACAGGACCUGGAGAAUGGAGAUGAAGUUACACGUGAUUAUGCCUAUGGGGAAACUGAUCCCCUGCUAAGAAAAUGCCGUCUGUUGCCAUGGAUACCAGAUAGUCUGGAGGCAGUGAGUGAUGACACUACAGAGGUGUCUGACCUUUACUAUGAGGUGAUUUUGAAGGAAAACAAGGAGGAACUUCCAUUAGAUAUCCAGGCUCACAGUGUUUCUGAGGGCAGGGUUCUGAAAGUGUACACAGAGAUGAAGCAAGUUUUGGAGAAUUUAAAGCACCCACGUUUUGUGCUAACUGAGACUGAGGAGGAUGCUGACAUUUUGUGGAUGUUCAACCAUGUCCGGGAUUAUCGGAGACUGAGCGAGGAGCGACCUCGGGUUGUGCUAAACCAGUUCCCAUGCGAGUACGUCAUCACUACGAAGGACCUCUUGGCCUCUGUGGCACGGAGAGCCAGGGGAGCUCAGGGGGCUCAGUGGCUCCCCAAGACCUUUAACCUACAGACAGAGCUUCCCCAGUUCAUUAAGCAUUACCUGCAGAACCAGGAGAGGGGGGAAGACAACCAUUGGAUCUGUAAGCCCUGGAAUCUGGCCCGUGGCCUAGAUACACACAUCACCAACAGCCUUAACUACAUCAUCAGACAGAGAGAGAGCACCCCAAAGGUGGUGUGUAAGUACUUGGAGGACCCAGUGUUGUUUAACAGAGAGGAAGUUGGCCUGGUGAAGUUUGACAUUCGCUACAUGCUUCUACUGCGCUCUGUGAAGCCUCUGCGUCUCUACACAUACAACGUGUUUUGGCUCCGUUUUGCCAACCAGCCUUUCUCUCUGGAUCACUUUGAUGACUAUCAGAAACACUUUACAGUUAUGAACUAUGCUGAAGGGGUGCAGCUGAAGCAGAUUCAUUAUGAUGAAUUCAUCCCCAUGUUUGAGAGGCAGUACCCUCAGUAUCCAUGGAAACAGGUUGAGGGGGAGAUCUUUAAGGCCUUUGCUGAGCUUUUCCAGGCAGCCUCAUCCCGACCAGCUCCCUACGGCAUCUGUGCUUACCCCUCCUCCAGAGCCAUCUAUGCCAUAGACCUCAUGUUGAAAUGGGGACAUUCAGCCGGGGGUGAUCGUGUGAUGCAGCCCCAAAUCCUGGAGGUGAACUUUAACCCAGACUGUGCUCGUGCCUGUCGUUACCACCCCAGCUUCUAUGACCACAUCUUCCAGACGCUGUUCCUAGACCAGGCCAAUGACUGCCCUGUCACUCGCGUUGUGUGACCGUCAUGUGUUUGACUCCCUGUCACUCUCAAAGCAGACAUCUCCAGACCAAUGCACCGGCUGGCAUAGGCUUUUUCUGUUUCUCUACAGUUCUAUGUAUAAACAUCUAAAUAGUUUUGGUGUUUUUGUCAUUGAGAGAAUUCUUAUUGAACCAUCUCAAAGUGCUAUUGACGGAAAACUUAAAAAGUAAGAAUUAAAAUUUAUACU